UGACACAACCCCUGUCAGCUCGUCAACCGUGCCGGCGUCCGGUCGCUAGCCGCCAACCGCCGGCCCAACCGAAUCGCCGCUGACUCGACUCCCGCGCCGAUCCCAUCACCAAAACCACGUCGUCGCUGCCACGCCUCUCUCACCCACUGCUCAGAUCCACCACAUGCCGGGGCUCCUCGCCUACUCCGCCGCCGGCCUGGGCCUGCUGGCCCUGGCGGCGCUCGAGGCCCUCCCACUCCGCCUCCCCCCUCUCCCGCUCCCGCGCCGCCUCCUCCCCACCACCACCCCGCACCACGCCCACCGCCACCUCCUCGCCGCGCUGCUCUCCACCCUCUGCCUCCUCUCGGCCCUGCUCUCCGCGCACCACCUCUCCCUACCCACGCUCGCCGCCGCCGCGCUCUUCCUCCUCUACGCCCUCGCGCCCUUCCUCCCUCUGCCCGCCCCGGCCCCGCCCCACCUCCUCGACCUCCUCCUCGCGGCCGCCUUCGCGCAGGAGCUGCUGCUCUUCGCGCACCGCCGCCCCUCCACCGCGGCCGGGAUCGAGAACCAGUACUUCGACCUCCUCCUCGUCCCCGUCACCGUCUGCCUCGGCGCCACCCUGCUCGCCGCGCACAGCCCGGACGCCGCGCCGCCCCGCCUCGCGCGCGCCGCCGGGCUCGCGCUGCAGGGCACCUGGAUGGUGCAGAUGGGCUUCUCCUUCUUCACAAACGCCAUCGCCACCGGCUGCGCGCUCCACGCCGAGUCCCGCGCCGACUACACCGUCAAGUGCCGCACCCACGAGGACUACCACCGCGCGCGCUCCGUCGCCACGCUGCAGUUCAACGGCCACCUCGCGCUGCUCGUGCUCGCGGGGGCGGUCGCCUACGCCGCCGUCGUCUCCUCCAGCCCGUCCAGCGGGUACAGGAUGCUGGGCAAGGAGGUGCAGAUGGAGGGUAUGCCGUUGCAGUUCACGCUGGAUUCAGAUGAGGAGAAGGAAGACGAAGCCAUCUCCACAGCACCAGUUUCGAAUGGGGUGCACUCCCAUCACCAGGUCGAACUGCAGGUCCCUGAUUCCAAGUGACGCUGGUGCAAUCUUGAUGAUGUAGAGUAGCUCAUUGGACGGAGGUGGAUAUCCGAGAAGCCGAAGAACGAUGCGGCAUCGUGUUUGUAUGUUCCAAUACUGCAUUUCAGUACGGUACUCUCUUUCCGAUACGUGAGAUCCCCUUAUGUGUAGGUUGGGAUCUUCCACAAUUUGAUAUGCAUAUAUUAAGUUUAGCAUUUGUAAAACAUUGUAAUGUGAUCGGUUCAGAUAGUUCUCUGAGAGAUAAAGCUAGCUGAAGUUUUAAGUUGGUUAACAAAGCCCUUACUCUUCUGUACUGUACAACCAGUUGAUACUAUAUAUCUUCUUCACUUUUUUUGAAAUA